AGUUAUCUUUCGAUUUCGAUAUGGGAGCAACGCAUUUCAUAUCUGUGGAUUUUGAAACAAUAAAGUUCCAGCCGCCUAUUACUAAAUGGCCGGCGAAAUCGUUUCCCGAUGUUAUGUAUACCCCAAGGAACGACCCAUACUACGAAGAAAAGGCUGUACCGCUGAUUGAUGCAGCAAAGUACAGUGGUGUUGAGCUCUGGAUCUGGGCUAUUGAUAGACAUGUAAAAACAACAAUGCGAACAAAUAUCAUUCGGAGCCUGAAGAAUUUCACAAAUACAAGAAGUCUGUUCCGCUGGUUGAUGUCAUGGCCCGGGCAAGCGACUCAAGUUUCUAUACUUAUCUAUUUCGCAGCUUUGGUAGAAAGUGGAAUUAAGAGAGACUCUUUAAUGAAGCGGGAAAAGGACUAUGACACAAUCUUGUAUAACUUAAGACAAAUUCUUAUUACCCGAGACAUGCCCAGGCUAAAGCGGAAGAUAGUUUUUAAUAUAUGUGUUGUUUGCUCUCAUGGCUCAGGAAUUUUCGAUCAGCUAAUAAUGAACGGGGUUAUUCAUACAAAGGAUUUUAUUUGGGACAGUCAAUUAAGAUAUUACUGGCACAAUCACCAACUAAAGAUAAAAUGCUUCAACACCAUUUAUGAUUACGGUUAUGAAUAUCUUGGCAUAUGCCAAAGGCUCAUGACUACUCCUUUGACUGAACGUUGUUUUCUUACAAUAACGCAAGCUUUGCGUUAUGUCCUUGGGGCUAAGUUGAUCGGGACAACGGGUUCAGGAAAGUCGGAAACAAUCCGGGAUCUCGCCAAGGCAUCCGCCAUUCUGUUAUUUGGUUUCAGUUGCUCAAACCUCAUUGAUUAUAGCAACUUGACUGCGUUUAUGAAAGGCACAGCAUGUACCGGUUCUUGGACUUGCUUGGAUGAUUUCGACCGUAUUUCACCAGGCUUAAUAUCUGUUAUAGCACAGUUGUUCGGUGAAAUAUGUCAAGCUUUAAAGAAGAAAUCUUUCACGUAA